AUGGCUGGCUCGGAUGAAGCAAACAGUCAUCCUGCAGAAGGCAACAACACCAGGAUUAAAAUCACUGGUGUCGAACUGCAAGCAAUGAUCACCGCAGCAGUUACUCAGGCGGUGGAUGCUAAAUUUAAAGAGCCAAGUGUUGUUCGGUCUCAAACUCAUUCAAAGUCCCAUUCUCAUUCUCAUACUCAUAAGAAAAGAGAAAAGGGAGCAAUCGAUUGCAUGAAAUGGUUGGACGAGAUGGAGAUUGUGAUAGACAUCAGCGAAUGUGCUAAAGAGGAUAUAGUGAUGUUUGUGUCACAAUCCUUCAAGGGCGAUGCCCUCACUUGGUGGAAAGCAUUAGUGCAAGCCACUAGGAAGGUUCCUUUGUACAAUCUUUCAUGGAACAAGUUUGUUGAUUUGGUUAAGGACACCUAUUGCCCUCAGCACGAAGUCGAACGGAUAGAGACUGAUUUCCUCACUUUAGUGAUGAAGGAUCUGGAUUGUAGAUCCUAUAUGACUAGCUUCAACUCAAUGUCAAGGCUUGUACCAUAUUUAGUCACUCCUGAACCCAAACGCAUUGCACGUUUCAUCGGUGGUUUGGCCCCUGAAGUAAAAGGGAAUGUUAAGGCCUCUAAGCCAGCCACUUAUAGAUCUGCUGUGGAUCUAUCUUUGUCCCUCACUCUGGAUGUUGUGAGGAGUAGGGCAAAGAAGGUUACCGAUGAAGGGAAGAGGAAAAGAGAGGAAGACAAGUCUCCUCAGUCAAACAAAAAGGGCAAAGGGAACUCUGGUUCCAAAAAGGGGCAGUCAAAUGAUAGGCCCAGGCGCAAGAUAUGUCACAAAAGGCACUUUGGAAAGUGCAACCAAGACCCACAGGCUAAACCAUGUGGGAUCUGCAAAAAGAAAGGGCACAAGUCUGUUGAGUGCCGAAAUAUUAAAGAUGCAACUUGCUAUGGUUGCAAUGAAAAGGGGCACAUCAAAACCAAUUGCCCCAAGAAUGCCAAAAAGCCUGAGGAGGCAAAGAAAUACAAUGCAAGAGUUUUUCAGAUGAACGCGAAGGAAGCGGUGAACGACGAGAACGUCAUAACAGGCAUGGAUUGGUUGUCGCAUAACCAAGCCCAAAUUUCUUGUGAUAAAAAGCUAGUUAUUAUCAAAACCCCUUCUGGUGAAUCUGUCACUAUUCAAGGAUAUACACAAUAUGGGUUGCCCAGCAACGUGUCAAUUCUCAAGGUAUCGCAGUGUUUGAAGAGCGGAUGUGUCAUUUACAUGGCACAAGUGUCUGUGAAUGAACCAAAGCCCAAGAUCGAAGACAUUCCAAUUAUUUCUGAAUAUCUUGAUGUCUUCCCUGAUGAAUUACCUGGAUUACCUCCUGAGAGGCAAGUAGAGUUCAGGAUAGACAUUCUCCCAGGAUCAGCACCUAUUGCACGAGCUCCUUAUCGUCUAGCACCUACAGAGAUGAAAGAACUCAGAACUCAAUUGGACGACUUACUGGAAAAAGGUUUCAUUCAUCCCAGUUCUUCGCCUUGGGCAGCUCCAAUACUGUAA